GGUAUUCAAGAUGUUAAGCUGCAAUAACAAUCAAUUACUAACAACCUUGAUUUGAUAAAUGACACACCAUAUUCUGUAUCAAUUAAUUACUCAUCGUAACUAACGAAGAAAGAAGUAAAAAACAUAAACGAAAUUUUUUUUAGUUCGAGUAUGUCAGAAAAAACCUGCACUGUGUAUUUGACUUAAACUUUCUUUAGUAACUUUUUCUAGAAAACAUUCAUUAUAUUCGCUACACUCUACACACAUGUAUCACACACGUAUAGGAACAUUUGCCGCCAAAUUAACAAUAUGAUUAUACCGAUUAAAAGAGACGGCAAACUUGAAGAAUGGGCGAUCAUUGAAUUACAAGGUGAUUUAAAAUUCGAUUCUGCAGAUAAUACAAAUAAAUACAUUGGAGAUCUUCACUUUACAAAGUCUGGUACACCAAUAUUUAUAAUUGGAAUUCAUGUAUUACACGGGAAAGAAGUUGUACUUCCAAAACCUUUUGCAGUUUUAGAAAAAAAAGACAAUGGAACAGAUAAAAUGACAAAUGAUUCUCAGAUAAAAACUGAAUAUAUUGUAAAAGCCAUUGUGAACAAGAAAUUAGUUUUUAGAUCAAGACCAAAACCUAUUAUAAUAAAUGUUCCAAAAUGUAGUUAAAUUUGUCUGCUUUUCUAAACAAUGUAUUCUCAUUGAUGCAUUUCAAUUUUGUCAUUCCUAUACAAAUAUGUUACUAUCAUGAAUAUAAUACAAACUCUAAUGGGUUUAAAAAAGCAUUGUACUUUUAUUUCAAUGUUUUCUUACUUUACUUAUAUAUAAAAUAUGUUA